CGUUUAACCAGCCAAAGUUAGAAAAAGAUUGGAUGCGUCCAAGAACAUUCCACAAAAUUUCUUACUUCUACAUAGGUAGUAUUCUGCCAGUCGUCUUCGUAAAGGCGGAAAAGUUAUUUUACAUAGCCUUCUUACGUCUGCGGUUUAUCCCAAUUUCCCAGUGGCCCUAGAGACGUCAUCUUCGUCAUACCCGCUCGCCUGUGGAACCUAUCAUCAACCCUUGAUCGCCUGUGUACGAGCCACUCGGUUUUCCAGAAAAGGGAUUGCACUUCGCGACAAUUUGACGUCUACACUCGUUCAACCUACACACCAUCAAGAUCAGAAAUGAUGAUUUCAUUCAUUCAAACCUUGCUAUUUACAACAGCUGCCGGUGCUGCCCUGCGAUCAAGGCAAGGCAAUGAUGGCUGCUGCUUCCAGCUCGCCUCGGUGGGAAUGGUCAACGAGACUGUUCUGGAGGACCAUGUCGGCGACUUACUUCUUGGCGGUACCUUUCAGCAGGGCGGUUUCUGUCUAGACGAGACGACCAAAACCAUACAAGAUAGUCUAGGACACAAUUGCUUCAUGAGAGGGCCAGACUAUCAGUUCGAGUGUUAUCAAGGCGCCGUCGGGACCACAGCAUUCGAUAUCGCACCCCCAAAGGCAGAUGGAAAGUCACAUCUCACAUAUGAUAAUAGUUCUGGAGUUUUCUACGCAUGUCCUAUUGACUCCGAGAGCUACGACAUCUAUUCCUCAGACAAGGCCGAUAAGACUGGAUGUGUGCCAGUUGUAUUAGCGCUCGUCGAUGAGACAGCCGCUUGCUCUGCUACUGCUAGCAACUCCACCCUCUCAAUACGAUCCAAGACACCACGCCGGAUGCCACGCCCAACCCGGCCGCUACGACGUCAGCCAUCACCUCAAACAUGCACCAUAGAUCCAUCAGCACCCUCACUUGCACCUUACCAACUACACGGUAACUCGUCCGUCCCAAGCGGAAGCAAUGAUACCUCCUCAGCCGAAGUCGUAAUCAGUCGAAACUACAGCACGAUGUUCAACUACGCCAUCCCGAAUACUUUCCCUCCCGCCAACGCCGCAGGAGGAAAGUCCUCACUAUGUGCUCUUCAGUUCCGUAUGCCAGUCUGUACUUCUCUCCCCAAGGGUUAUCCCUGUUACAGUUUUAGCGGUCUGGAGCAGGAGGUCCUGUCCAAUUCCGGUAUGACAUUCCACCUUGUGGAUGAUGAUGGCAACGCCACGUGGAACAGCACAGAGUUGCACCAAGUGUUCCCCGGGGAGAACACCACGAUCGGCACUUUCGAGUGCGGGCAGGCGACCGGCUACGGCGAGUCGCGGAAGAUGAGCUGGCACGUCAGCAGCGUCAGGGGCUUCUCUCUUGAAUUCCUCCAAGCGGGCGUCGGCCAGUCCGCCCAAUUCCAAAACGGAAUCGGCGCGUGGAUUGUGCCGUGCCAGUAGCGGGCUCGUCAGUCGGCUAUCCGCUUUCUUAGCAGCAGUUGCUUGCUCUCUUGGCAUAGAAAUACUUUAAUGAUGAUAGAAGUGUGAGGAUUCGUCGGAGGAUAUACCAUGAUUAGAGCCAGGGAAAAUACCAUCCUAGAGAAACUGAUGCUGGAAGAUAAUAAUGUACGAUGGAGAUUGAUUGAUAAUGAUAAUGGACUUGGUGGCUUGUUACGUGGGGUACAUCGACAGGACAUAGAGUGCUUAGUUAUAGGUAUAUGGAAGAGUAAUAAAUGUAUAUGCCUACCAGACCGACUUUCACGUUAUUGCUGUUUCAUUAUGUUGGUAAAGGGUGCGUUAUGUUUAGGGGUUAAAGCCCCUGAUCUGUCAUUCAACCGUUAUCCUCAAUUAUCCCUAUUCUCUCUUCACAGGGUCACGCUAUAGUCUGG